CCGAGCCGCAAGAAGCUGUGGGUUUGAGCAGACUGUCGCAUGUGUACAGGUUUUAAUAAACGUGCAGAAUAUCCUCUGUAACUUCCUUCCUGAGACGCAUUCAUCUAUUUACUCUUCAGAUGUGACUGACGGACGACUCGGCCAGGGACUGACACUCAAUAAAUAUGCGUCUCUCUGAAUGUUAAGGAAUACAACCCAGUUUGCGCAACGUCAAACUUAACUGUUGUUUUUUCAAAAUAUUUCACACAGUGUAGUUUGAACAACUUCUUCUUCGGUUUUUAUAUUUUCCUGUUAAAGAUGUGGAGCGUUCAAGACCUGUUGUUCAUCCUCUGCAUUGUUCUCAGUUAUGUGACCAGAGCAGCAGGAGUGAUCCGUGUGUUUGGAUAUGUGGGCAGAGAUGUUGACGUUUCCUGCUCCUAUGGUCAGGGUUAUGAGUCUCAUGAGAAGUACCUGUGCAAGAACGACUGUGGCAGCAGUGAUGUUCUUAUCACGACAUCAGAAACAAAGAAGAACAAAUACUCCAUCUAUGAUGACAAAGAGAAACGAAGCUUCACAGUGACCAUCUCUGAUCUUCAGUCUGUGGAUGCUGGGAAAUACUGGUGUGGGGUGACAGUGUUUUUCAAAGAUAUCUACACUGAAGUAAAACUGGAACUAGGACAAGAUCACUGCUGCAACAAUGUGGAUAAAAUUCAAAGUAAUGAAAGAGAUUCAGUGUCCAUCAUUUGUCCGUAUGAGUUGAAGUACCAGAACAACCUGAAGUUCAUCUGCAGAGGAAACCAGCCCUCCACAUGUCUGCAGCAGGCAGUCAUCACCUCUGACAGCAAACAAAAUGGACGCUUCACACUCACUGAGGACAAGGAGUCAAGAAGAUUCACAGUGAACAUUAACAAGCUGACCCUAGAGGAUUCUGGGUGGUAUCUUUGUGGUGUCCAUAGAAACACUGGACUGGAUGUUUUCUCUGCUGUUGAGCUGGAGGUCAAAGACACUUGCUGUGACAAAGUGGAUAAAAGGAAGAGUUAUGAGGAAGAUUCAGUGUCCAUCAUUUGUCCGUAUGAGUUGGAGUACCAGAACAACCUGAAGUUCAUCUGCAGAGGAAACCAGCCCUCCACAUGUCUGCAGCAGGCAGUCAUCACCUCUGACAGCAAACAAAAUGGACGCUUCACACUCUCUGAGGACAUGGAGUCAAGAAGAUUCACAGUGAACAUUAACAAGCUGACCCAAGAGGAUUCUGGGUGGUAUCUUUGUGGUGUCCAUAGAAACACUGGACUGGAUGUUUUCUCUGCUGUUGAGCUGGAGGUCAAAGUGUGGUGUUGUGUGAAGACACUUGCUAUGAGUGGUACUGUGACACGUCCAGUCACUCUGCAGUGUCCUUAUCCACCACAUCACCAGAAUAACAGGAAGUUCCUCUGUAAGGGAGACUACCGCAACAACUGCACAGAUGUGUUGACCAAUGGAAGCAGGUUCAUGCUGCAAGAUGAUGUUUCUCUCAGCUCCUUCUCUGUGAUGAUCACAAACCUGGAAGCAGGUGAUGCUGGGAUGUACUGGUGUGGUUCAGACUCACAGUGGAGAGCUGGAAACUACACCAGGAUUCAUCUGUCAGUGGGCGGAGCUCUCUAUGUGGUUGCCAUUGUACCUGCUGUGCUGCUCAUACUAAUAGUGGCCCUGAUCAUAGUUUAUAAGCAGAAAUGUCACAAAGUACAAGAAACUGGAGUGGGCAUCACCAGACACUGUGAGGCAGCAGGAGAACCCAAAGGUUCAGAAGAGAUUUAUGCCAAUGAAGAAACUGUCGGGUUCUCAAAGCAGACGACCUCCAAACUGCAGGGCGCCUGUAAUGACUACAGCAACGCAGAUGACGACCAACCAGACUACGAAAACUUCACAGCAACAGAAGAAAUCUACUUUGUUCUCAGUUAUGUGACCAGAGCAGCAGGAGUGAUCCGUGUGUUUGGAUAUGUGGGCAGAGAUGUUGACGUUUCCUGCUCCUAUGGUCAGGGUUAUGAGUCUUAUGAGAAGUACCUGUGCAAGAACGACUGUGGCGACAGUGAUGUUCUUAUCACGACAUCAGAAACAAAGAAGAACAAAUACUUCAUCUAUGAUGACAAAGAGAAACAAAGCUUCACAGUGACCAUCUCUGAUCCUCAGUCUGUGGAUGCUGGGAAAUACUGGUGUGGGGUGACAAUGUUUUUCAAAGAUAUCUACACUGAAGUAAAACUGGAACUAGGACAAGAUCACUGCUGCAACAAUGUGGAUAAAAUUCAAAGUCAUGAAAGAGAUUCAGUGUCCAUCAUUUGUCCGUAUGAGUUGGAGUACCAGAACAACCUGAAGUUCAUCUGCAGAGGAAACCAGCCCUCCACAUGUCUGCAGCAGGCAGUCAUCACCUCUGACAGCAAACAAAAUGGACGCUUCACACUCACUGAGGACAAGGAGUCAAGAAGAUUCACAGUGAACAUUAACAAGCUGACCCAAGAGGAUUCUGGGUGGUAUCUUUGUGGUGUCCAUAGAAACACUGGACUGGAUGUUUUCUCUGCUGUUGAACUGGAGGUCGAAGGUCAGAGGAAAUAAUAAUGCUUCAUUAUGUUUAUCAUUUAGUUUCUGGUAAAACUGAUCUAAAGUAGGCCCAUUAC